AUGCAUUUCACACAACUCACAAUCACAGCCCUCUUGGCCGCUGCUGCUCAUGCAGCUCCAGUAGCUGAACCAGACGCUGCCGGAGGUGGCGGUCGUGGCGGUAACUGGCGUCGAGCAGAGAUUCAAGCAGGCGGUGGCGGUCGUGGCGGUAACUGGCGCCGAGCAGAGAUCCAAGCAGGCGGUGGCGGUCGAGGUGGGAACUGGCGCCGAGGGGACCUCGAGCAGCGCGAGCCAGGUUGGAACUCCCCUGACGCGUACACCAUUCCGAAGCGUGAGCCAGGCUGGAAUUCUGCCGACGCAUACACUAUCCCCAAGGAGAAGCGUGAGCCGGGCUGGAGCUCACCCGACGCAUACACCAUUCCCAAGCGUGAACCAGGCUGGAACUCACCCGAUGCAUACACCAUCCCCAAGGAGAAGCGUGAACCAGGCUGGAGCUCACCAGACGCAUAUACCAUCCCAAAGGACAAGCGCGAGGCGUUCUCUGAGAAUGGCGUUGUCAUCGAAGCGAGGGAGUAA